AUGUUGUGUUUCUUCAGGGUCUCUCAGGAAGCGUCUGUUGGAGAAUCGGUGAACAUCAGCUGUAAACACAUCAGGAAUCAAGAUCAGAGGUUUUUCUGUAGAGGAGAUCAGCCCAAUAUCUGCAUCAGAGACGGAGUUCAUGUUUCAUCCAGUAACAGGAUAAACCACAGAUUCUCUCUGACUGAAGAAACCUCUGCUGGAGUCUUUACUGUGAAGAUCAGAGACCUGAGAGAAGAGGAUUCUGGGAAAUACUGGUGUGGAGAAGAGAGUUCUGGGUCCUUCAUAUUCACUGAAGUUCAGCUACAUGUGCCCAGAGUUUCAGGCUUUUCUGUGACAGCUUUGGUUUCUGUGGGUCUGGUCCUGCUGGCUGUGUUUUUAGCGCUGGUGUUGUUCAAAAUAAAACGCAGCAGAAAACACGACGUCAUCUCGUCAGACAGGAGAGAGACAGAAGGCCACCAAACUGAUCGAGAAGAGAUUCAGGUCUCAGAUCCCGAAUCAGCUCAUCUCUAUUCCACCGUCCAGUCACCCACAAUCCCCUCUGAUGGGCUCCUGUACUCCUCUGUCAGUUUCAGAAGCACGAAGAGUCUCUCAGUGACUCUUCAGUCAGAUUCAGUGAAGACGAGAUUCACUGUGAAUAUGCAUCCGUCAAUCACAGCAUUGGACCAAAAUAAUAUCAGCACUGGAUAUCAGAACCUGUCGCUGAGAAUAAUGACCGAGCCGCGUGUAAAAAUCGUUCUGUUUUAUUAGACUAGUCAUUGAGCAGGAAAGAAGCUG